AUGUUAAACAUAAAAUAAAAUUGUAUCUGUAGGGAGAUUUCAAUUGUGGAUUUUAAAGUAAACGGGAAAUCGUUGAAUUUUUGUUCGGAUAAAAAAAAUCACAAAAACAAAUGCAGAGGGGCAGUGGAUACUGGAAGUUCAUUAAUAACGAUUGCUCCAAUAAAAAGCAUGUUCCACAUUUGAGUAUAGUCCUGAACGAUAUAGACGAGAAUCCUGUUGAAUUUCGUUUAAGUUCCGAGGAUAUUAUAAUUCAGGAAAAAGACAAAAAAGGAAUAGAACAUUGCGUGCCUGGAUUCAUGCCUAUGGACAUACCUGGGAAAAUUAAUACAUCACUUUUUGUUCUUGGUAAUAAUUUCAUACGUAAAUAUUACAGUAUUUUUGAUCGAGAUAACAUGAUGGUUGGUUUUAUGAAGGCUAAUCACGAAAGACAAACUUCAGAUCUAAAACUUGUGCAAUAAUUACUGUCGAUAAAUUAUAUAAGAUAACCUUCCAAGCAACGCUAGUUUUCCUAGUCGAAAAGAUAGCAUGAAAUAAGAAAAAAAACGUACUCGUACUAAACUUCUUGUUGACAUAAGAGUUUUUUUUUUAUUAACAUGUUUUUACUUCCUCCCAAGUGGUGUUCCCCGUAGGGUACAUGUAGGUUUUGUAAAAUAAGAACAUAACUUUUUUGGUAUAUAAUCAGCCAGUUUUUCAACAAGUUUUAUAAACA